AUGAAAAAUGCCCUGUUAUCACAUGGUGGUGUCGAGGGAGUAAGAGUGGCUGUAGUACCGUGCAUCAAUGAUUCUUUCGUCGCUCAGCUAGAUAAAAUCCCUGGAAUAAGUAAACUGAACAACUUUGAGUUCAAAGGAAGAAAUAUUGUUACAUGGCGAGCUUAUGAUGUUGAAAAAGGAAAAAGAAUAAGUUUAUCGAAAAUCCAAGGUAACCGUGUAUGCUUUUCUAACACAUUCCCUGGGGUAAUGGGUGUGGCAAUAGACAUGGUGGACACUAAAAAGUAUGGGCGAAAAAGUUAGUUUGGGCAAAUGUAAAGGUAUCAUCCGACAAAAAUCUAUUAAAGCCACUACAAUUAUCUUUAAUUUCGCAUUAGUCGUACGACAAAUUGCCGUAUAAAGUGAGUUCAACAUCGGCCAAGAGACAGGACGGAAAAUGAAAGCGGACGUUGUAUCGAAAGAAAUGAGGCAUGCGCGCGGGGAGGAUGGUCACCGGCUAUUCAGUGUCACGGAGUUUCUUUAUGUUGAACAAGUUUCCUCAUUCUUUUCUCGCAUGGCUGCAAAGGUCCGACAGCAAAAGAUCACUAUAACGGAAGCAGAUGCUGCGGCUGCUGUAGAAGAGGAUAAUUUUCAUGAAAUGAGAAACAAAGUUUUGUCAUCGUUGCAACUACAACACCCUAAAGUUUUUGAUCAAUAUAAUGUAUGUGAUAUGGUGAAAAGUAAUACUCUGAAAAAAAUGAAAAUGGAUAUGCUUCAACGCCUAUGCGAAGAACUUAACCUCGAUGUUCCAGAAAUGUCUGGCAAGAAGAAGGACACAAAAUUACCUUACAUCAAGCUCCUAGAAAGUGCUGUUUCCGGAUGCUCCUGUAACACUGGCUGA